UCGGGAGAAGACGAUUAUAAGUUUCAUACUAUUUGUGCAAUCCUGAGGUUCAGUAAACAGUCAGUCGUUAUCAAGAAAUAUAGUUUACUCGACUCCGUGUUUAGUGGACAUAAAUUUGUGAUAACAUUUAACUAUAAAAAACGCAAUAAUUGCUAAAAACAAAUCAUUUUUGAAGUAAACAAAGAAAGAAAUAAAGGAAAUAUUUCCAGACAAAAAUGUCGUACUCACAACCUCAUACGCCACCUUUAAUUAAAUCGUAUGACUCAUUGGGAUUGCUGGGAGAAUCCUGGAUUGAAUUGACCAACAAUCUUAUUCAGAGCUGUCCUGAUCGUGUUACACCACCACUUCCUUUCUCAUCCGGUGAAGAGUACUUAAGACUGUUGAAAGAAGCUCAAAAAGAAUCAAAUCCUUCCAGUCUCAUAAGUUCGCGGCGCGAUUCACCAAAAAUGGGAAGUCCAAAAUCGCCACCAAACUCACCAAAUCCUGAGCCAUUGACGAGCUCAGAAGAGCUCAAAGGAGUGUUCAUUAACUAUUAUGCAGCCAAGAAUGAUAAAGACGAUAAAGAUAGUGACAAAGAAUGGAUGUGGCAGUGGAGUUCACGACCAGAUCAGUUGCCUCCAAAAGACUGGAAAUUUGAACAUCCCGAACAUGGACACUCGAAUGGAUCAUCGCCAGUUCCCGUGAAAUUGGCACCACAUUCGAUGUCUUAUUCAAUGCGUUUGGCACGCGUUGGUGAGCGGUCUUUGUUUUCAAAGGAAGUUUUGUAUUCUCUUGUCAUUACAAAUGUUCUGUCCAUUCUUCUUGGUGCUGGAAUUGGAGUUUGGUUGUCAAAACGUGGCUUCAUUUUUACUCGUUUGUCAAUUGAGUAAAUACGCAACAUCGCUCGUCUCCCUCUUUGCACUUUGCGUAUAUUUCUAUGAAAAGUGUGAAUUUAAUUUAAUUAAAUCCCCAUUCUUUUCCUUCGUCGAUUAUCGAAUAGUGUGCCGAGAAUUGAGCGCAGGAUGGUGAAUAUUUUUUGUUAUAUUUUUUAAUCAACAAGUUUGAAACAAGCAAACGAAGAAAAUGAUGUCGCAUGAUAAUUUUUUAAUCCAUUUUCCUCAUUUCGAAAGGAAAACUAAAACCUGAAGCUUAUAUUUUUAUCAUUUGAUGAAAUUAAUUUAAAAUAAAUUAAAUUAACUAGUGAAGAAUUUUCUUACUGUCAAACAAAUAAGGAAAGAAAAAUAAAUUGAGAUUUAAUGGUUCGUACCAGGGACUGAAAGUGGAAAAACUUAAAUCCACAACUGCAAUUGAUUGAAUAUUUUAUACUAGCUGAGAAAUUGAGUAAAUUUAUGUCCCUGGAAAAUUAUUGCAAAUGUGCAGAUGAAAUGCUUUGUUCAGAACUUUUAAUCAGAUUAAAUUUACAAUAAUUAACGAGAGCAGUCUGGAAAAAACUUAAUUGGAAAAUUUAUUUCCACUCUUUUGAAAGAAAGACUUAAAAUGUGAAAUAUUCAAAAUUAUUAAAACAUUUAAUUCAACAUAUUCAGUGUUAUUGAAUAAAUUCAUAAAAUUCUUUUGAAGAUUGACAUGCAAAGUGCUCAGCUGUUUAAAACUUUUUAUUCAUUUCAAUCAAAAUUUGUCAACUUUCUUCAUGUCCCAUAUGAAAUUUUGCUUUUUAAAUGAAAGAUGAAAGCAGGAGUUUAAGUUUCAAGUUAUCUACUUGACCAUAAAUAUAAUUAAAUAAAUCUGAUCAGAUAACUCUGAUCGAAGUGUAAAAGAAAUAUCGAAAAAUUAUCAUUAGAUUUGACCUGAUUUUACUCAAAUCUAAACUUCAAUGCUUUUGAACUUUCACCAAUUUAUUUUCUUAUUAUCGAAUGCAAAAACACAAAUGAGAAUAAGAAUGAAUCAAUCAGCGGAACCAAUCAACUUGAUGAAUGUGAUAUUUUAUGUAGCCAGGCAUAUUUUUAUAUAAUUUUAUUUGUGUUUUUUUUUAUAUCAGCAAAUAUUUUCUUCUCCAAUCAUUUUUUAUUGAUUGACUUUCAUUUAUGAUUGAAAUAUUCAACAAUUUAUACAUUUUUUAACUACAUAUUCAAAAUAAUUUAAUCAGAUUUUCAUAUUUAUAAAUGAGUUGUGUAUGAAUCAGUGAUUCUCAAAUUGUGUGCAGCUAAAAAUGUGCAAAAGUCGUGAAAAAUUUGCAUCCAGAAUUGAUCGUGCCACAAUUCAGAAAAGUUUGAGAAACGCUGAUUUAGUAGAUAAAUGCAAAGAAAAGUGUUUGAAUGAUAAGACGGCUAGUUUUUUUAAUUAAUUUAACUUGUAACUUGUAAUUUGUAGUAGCAACAGCACUACAAUAAUGACUUUGCAAGUCUCAUAUUUAUUCCAUCACUUAGAACCUCCCAAUCUUCCACUUAGAAAAGUGGCAGUGAUUUUAACAACCUCUGUAGCUCUUAGAUUUGCCUUUUUUAUGGAAAAAUAAAUGAAAUAGAAUCGGAAAUUCUUUGAAUUCCUAACAUUUAUUCUGUGAACUUCACAGAACAUCUUAAAUAUUCACAAAUUUCAAAUAAAAAGAAAAUUAGAAUUUUAAGAAGCUUCAAAAUUUUUUAAUUUUCUAACAUUUUACAAAUUUUUUAUACAUUUAUUCAUUUUCAACUGUUUAACUUCAUUGCAUGAUAUUCGCUCUUAAAUAUUAUAAAAACGACUAACAUAAACUUAUUUCUGUGAAUGGGAAAUAGAAUUGAGAAAAACUUUUGUACUGUAUUUUGCAUCAUGUAAUCAAUCAAACGGGUGGAGAAUUCAAUUUGAAGCCGUUUUUUAUUGAAAAAUAAAAUUUAGCUUAAAUAUAAAAAAAAAA